AUGAAUAAGCAUGGUAAAUGUAUGAAACAGAAGCUCCAGAAAAAGAAGAAACAAAAGCAGCAACAGAAGUACAACGAGAAACUAGAAUUAGCUCCCGCUGAACUUGGUGGUAACCAUGAAACUGGUCGGCACAAAUUCUUUAUCUUUUACCGAUCAAACAAAAAAAAAAAGAAUCGUGAAAUACUAGUUUCUGGAACAACCCCGGUUUUAUCAUCGGAUGUCCCGGAAGGGAUAAUUUGUGAGAUAUUGAGUAGACUUCCCGUGAAAUCACUCAUGAGGUUCAAGUGCGUUCGCAAACGUUGGCAAACCCUAAUCCAGAAAGAUGACUUCUUCAUUGAUUUAAACUACUCUCGAUCGAAAGCAGCACAUUAUGCUUCACUUGUAUGUAUCGGGGAACUACGGCUAAAGGAUAUGCUGAAUGAUAUAACGUGUUUGAUAUCUAUGGAGUUACUUCUGCCGUCAAAAGAAAAUGGAUAUGUAGCAGCUGCUGGAGCUAUAUCUUUAUGGAAAUACCCCUUUCCAAAAUAUAAAAGGGUUUUUUCUACCACCAAUGGGUUGCUUUGUGUCACGGACUUGAUUGAAUACUCUGUUUGCAUAUACAACAUUAGCACUAGAGAAUCAACUCCAUGGAUCAAAUCGACAUUUAUCAGACUCAAACAAGAGGAAGAUAACAAACAAGAGCUAUAUAGAGACUUUUUUCUCCAUAAGUUCGGGUUGGGAUAUGAUGCAGUGACAAAGGAACACAAAGUGGUUGCAGUAUGGAAGUGUUAUGCAUCUGAUGAGCUGGUUAGUGAGGUCUUAACCGUAAGACAUAAUACAUGGAGAAGGAUUGACGCCGUCGUCCCACCUCUUAGUGGAAAGGGUUGUUUUAUUUGUUGGCUGCAUUUUCACCAUCACUGCGAAGAACCAUGUUUCAUCCAAUUCGAUGUUGGCCUUGAAAAAUUCAAGAAGAUAAACAUACUGCUUCUUAAUCCAAUAUUCUUAGAUGACCUCCAUUAUCGUCAUAAUUUGAUCGACAUAGAUCAUAGAUGGCAGAUUGGCUUUGUUACCUACGAGCUUAGGUAUGGGGGACAGACCAACAAAGAUGUAUAUAUUUCAUGA